AUGUUGUUUGGAGCCAAGUUGGAGUCCGAGACGUUUGCUCCUUGGAAACAGUACUAUAUUAACUAUACUCAUUUGAAGAAAUUAUUGAAGGAAGGAGUUGUAUUGCAAAAUAACUGGUCAGAUAAGGAUGAACAAAAUUUUGUUGCCGCUUUGGAUUCAGAUUUAGAAAAAGUUUAUACUUUCCAAGCAAAGAAAUUUGAUGAAUUAAACGAUGAAUUGAAUAAUUUACAAGCUAAAACAACUAAUGCGGAUAAAGAUUUGGAUAUUAAUCAAUUUCAAAAUGAGUUAGAUUCAAUUCUUAAUUAUACUCAAGAAUUAAACCAUUUCCAAAGAUUGAACUAUACGGGAUUCAUCAAAAUUGUUAAAAAACAUGAUAGAUUACAUCCAAAAUUUAGUGUUAAACCCUUGUUGAACGUUAGAUUAUCAAAUUUACCCUUUCACCUGGAAGAUUAUAGUCCAUUAUUAUAUAAAAUUAGUGCAUUAUUUCAAUUCUUAAGAGAUAAUUACGAUAUUAAUCAACAAUUAUCAAAGUUAUCAUCAUUUAAUGAAGAUCCACAAGAUUAUCAAUCCUUUAAAUUUUGGGUUCAUCCAGAUAAUUUAAUGGAAGUUAAAGCAAGUAUAUUACGUCAUUUACCGGUUUUAAUUUAUAAUCAAGAUAGUCCAACUUACUAUAGUGAUGAUCAAUCCGAUGACGAUGAAGAAGAAAAUAAUUCUGGUAAUGAGUUUAGUAAUAUUGAUAAGAAUGACUCUUUAAUCAAUUGUUUAUAUUUUGAUAACUCAAAUUUUGAUAUUUAUAAUAAUCGUUUGAUUAAAAACCCAAAUACUUCAACUUUAAGAAUCAAAUGGAUUGGGAAAUUGAUUAAUAAACCAAAAAUUUCAAUUGAAAAGAAAAAUUUUGAUCAAACUUUAGAACACUAUAACGUUGAUGAAAAAUUGAAUAUAAAAGAAAAGUAUCUUAAUUCAAUUAUAAAUAGAACUUUUUCAGUUGAAAAAUACUUGAAGAAAUUACAAAGAAAAGGUGAACUGCCAGAAAAUCUCGCUGAAAUUGAAAAAAACUUAACUUCCUUAAUUAAAUUUGUUAAGGAUAAUAACAUUCAACCAACAAUAAGAACAGUUUAUAAAAGAACUGCUUUCCAAAUUCCUGGGGAUGAUAAAGUUCGUAUUGUUAUUGAUUCGGAUUUACUUUUCAUUAGAGAAGAUGCCUUUGAUGUUGAACGUCCAAUUAGAAAUCCAAAUAAAUGGCAUAGAUCAGAUAUCGAUAGCAAAAUUAGUAACCCUUUUAAUUUGUUAAGAAAAGGUGAAUAUUCCAAAUUUCCUUAUGCCGAAUUAGAAAUUAAAAUCAAAUCUAAAAAAACUAAAAAAUUGGUUUGGAUUGAUGAUUUAGUAAAUAGUGGAUUGGUUAAAGAAAUUCCAAAUUUUAGUAAAUUCAUUCAUGGUAUAAGUACUUUAUUCUUAGAAGAUGAUAAAUUAGAUAACAUUCCUCUUUGGUUUAAUGAAUUAGAAUCAGACAUAAAAAUUGAUCCUCAACAAGCUUAUAUUGAUUCUCAUCGAAAAUUAAUUAAACAACAGAAUGAUGAAGAAAAUAUGUCAAAAUUCAAAUCAAUGUUAUCAAAUCAUACUGGUCAAGUUAGCUUCCAACCUCGUUCAAAAUCUUUUAGUGGCUCGAUUUUUAACCAAUCUGAUGAAAUUGAAGAUUCUCCUACUAAAAAAAUUAAUUCUCCUCCUCCAGAUAUUGAAAGUAGUGAUGAUUUCAAUAUUGAUGACGAUGAAGAAUUAGAAUUAUUACAACGUUCUAAAAAAAAUAAUACUUUAUCAAAAAUAAUGAAAUUACCAAACACUUUAUCAAAAUUAAUUGACGUUGAUCUGGAAGAUGAAGAAAUUGAUUUACCAAUUGGUAUUGAAAAACCAAAUUCUUUAAUUAAAAAUGCUGGUCCUUUGAAAAUUGAACCUAAAGUUUGGUUAGCUAAUGAACGUACUUUCAAUCGUUGGUUACACGUUACUACCUUGUUAAGUUCAUUGACUUUUAUUAUUUAUUCUUCCACAAAUAAAGCUAAUUCUUAUACUUUGGCUACUAAUUUGGCUUAUAUUUAUUUUGCUUUAACCAUCUUUUCAGGUUUAUGGGGUUAUUUCAUCUUUAAUAAACGUCGUGAUAUCAUCAUGGAAAGAUCUUCAAGACAUUUAGAUAAUGUCUUGGGUCCCUUGAUUGUUGCUGUUGGUUUAAUGGUUGGUUUAAUUGUUAAUUUCAUUUUUGGUUGGAGAGCAAUUGCUAAUCAAGUUAGUGCCUUGUCUGAUGAAUUCUAUCUUAAUAAUCCUCUUCAUAAAGAUAUUCAUGAAUUCGUCUUUAAAUUAGUUGGAGCCUAA